AUGGCCACCCUGCUCUCCGAGCUCGACCUGGGCAGCUCCGCCCUCACCAAACAGUACACUAUCAGCCUGUUCGACAUGCACUACGUCCUGCCCCCGAUAUGGAGCGUGUCGGCGGUGAACCUCUUCUUCGCGUACGCGGCGUCGAAGCUGGCGGGGGUGGCGUUCACCUGGCUCUGGGUGGCCCUGACCAAGGACUACACCCGGCCCCUGGUCUACUCCUCCGUGGUGCUGUCGCUCCUGCCCGGGGUCGGCCUCGGCAUCUACAUGGUCAUCAAAGCUACCCCGGGCCGACGCGUGUGGGUGAGUGCGCCCCGAGAAGCAUGGCUGUGGCGCGUCAUUCAUGUGCUCACGCCCUUCUCGACCACAGCGUUUGUGGCACUGGUGCCCGCUCUCUUUUGGGAGUACUUCACGGCCCUCGGACUGCUGCUGGCCGCUUUGCUCUACGAGUCCGUCACCAUGUACCUCCUGCUGGCCUUCUUCGGCCUCUCGUCCAUGUGGACCUCAGGAGUUAUCCAAAGCGUUUUGCGAGUGACGAGCGCUGGGGUGUGCGGCGUGUGGUACCACCGCAGCCACUACGGCAACAACUUCGAGAUCGAGAUGGAGGGCGAGCGCAAGGCGCUGGUGGAAACCUAUUCUGAAAACGUCGGAAACCCCUUAGCCACAACGAACCCCACGCUCGCCUUUGUCAAGCAGUCGCUGACCGAGUCCUUCGGCUCCGUCACCGUGGCUGCGCUUCUCGCCUCCGACUGGCGCACCUCCCGGGCCAUCUUCGGCUCCCUGCAAGAGAAGGUGAAGGACUCAAAGUCGUGCUUUGCCUCCGGCGUGCGGUGGAUCGUAACCGGCCUGGACAGGAUCAUCCACCACUUCAACUACUAUGCCUACACACAGAUCGGAAUCUACCACAAGCCGUACUGUGUCGCUGCCAAUGACACCUGGCGCCUCCUUUCAGCUCGCGGCAGCAUCAACAUUCUCAACGACAACAUCAUCGGAGGCAUAUUGCCGCUCUCCAACAUCGUAGCGGGCACCUUUACCCUGGUCGUGGGGCUGACCAUCACCUAUGUUCUCGAGGGAGACUACUACCUCUUGGCCGGCAUGCUGUCGUACAGUGCCGGCGGCUCGGUCAUGAUGCAAGUACUGCAAGUGGCGGAGAGCUCGGUGGUGACGAUCAUACUCUGCUUCGCGGAGGAACCGCAGGUGCUUCGGCGCAACCACCCGCGGCUCUACGACAGCUUCAAGCGAAUCUACGGCAGCGUCUGCGAUCUCUUCGCCGACGACGACGAACGAACAGAAAAGAUAUGA